AUGGACACAAAGUUGAAUUAUUGGCAACAGAUAAGACAGGCGGCAGACAAAGCAUCAGCAGUAACGUCGGCCCUAAGCAGGCUUAUGGCUAAUGUAAAUGGGCCAAGACCAUGCAAAAGACGCCUGCUAAUGUCAGUGGCCCAGUCCAUUAUGCUUUACGGAGGAGAGAUAUGGGUGGACGCACUUAAAAAGAAGACCUACCGAAGACGGCUGGCAGCGGUUCAGCAAAAGGGAUCCUUAAGAAUCGCGUGCUCGUUUCGUACGGUAUCAGAACCGGCGAUAAUAGUGAUCGCAGGCGUGUUGCCGAUUGAUUUGAUGGCACAGGCGAAAAAGCUGGUAUUCGAAAGAACACCAGAAGUGGGCAAGCACAUAGCUAAAGCGGAAGCCAGAGCGCUUUCUUUAGAAAAAUGGCAACAACGGUGGGACAGUGAUCAUCGCGGAAGAUGGACAGCAAGGCUGAUACCGCAGCUAAAUACAUGGCUGGAUCGCACCCAUGGAGAAACGAGUUACUAUUUAACGGAAUAUCUCUCAGGACAUGGUGAUAUUAGCUCUCCGAGAAGAUGCGAUGCUGUGUUUCACUGA